UGCCAUGAGCGUCUGUGGCUUUAAUGGUCUGAUUCUUGUAGCUGUCUGACAGCUGCUUUUUCUACCGCCCUUUGCAGAAAUCGGAAUUCAGGUGCUUUUAUCAUGCUGAUGAUCCAGGACCAGGGAUCCUUUCACUUGGGUUUGUGUCUGUGGUUAUGUGGAUUCUUGGCUUCCUUUAAAGGCUGUACAGGCUGUGCAUCUGAAGAGCAGCUCUUCCACAAGCUGUUUGCUGGCUACAACAGAUUCAUCCGGCCGGUGGAAAAUGUUUCUGAUCCUGUCACAGUGCAUUUUGAGUUGGCAAUCACACAACUGGCGAAUGUGGAUGAAGUCAACCAGAUCAUGGAAACCAAUCUAUGGCUGCGUCAUAUCUGGAAGGACUACAAAUUACAAUGGGAUCCAUUGGAGUAUGAUGGCAUUGAGACACUUCGUGUUCCAGCAGAUAAGAUCUGGAAACCAGACAUUGUUCUAUAUAAUAAUGCUGUUGGUGACUUCCAAGUGGAAGGCAAGACCAAAGCUCUUGUUAAGUAUGAUGGCAUGAUAACCUGGACCCCACCAGCCAUCUUCAAGAGUUCUUGUCCUAUGGACAUCACCUUCUUCCCUUUUGAUCAUCAAAACUGUUCCCUGAAAUUUGGUUCCUGGACUUAUGACAAGGCUGAAAUUGACCUUCUGAUCAUUGGCUCUAAAGUGGACAUGAAUGACUUCUGGGAAAACAGCGAAUGGGAAAUUGUUGAUGCCUCUGGCUACAAGCAUGACAUCAAAUACAACUGUUGUGAAGAGAUUUACACAGACAUUACCUACUCUUUCUAUAUCAGGAGGCUGCCCAUGUUUUACACUAUUAACCUCAUCAUCCCCUGUCUCUUCAUUUCCUUUCUCACCGUGUUGGUCUUUUACCUCCCUUCUGACUGUGGUGAGAAAGUAACUCUUUGCAUUUCAGUUCUGCUCUCUCUGACUGUCUUUUUGCUGGUGAUUACUGAGACAAUCCCAUCCACAUCUCUUGUGAUCCCACUGGUAGGGGAGUAUCUACUAUUCACCAUGAUCUUUGUCACACUGUCCAUUGUGGUGACAGUGUUUGUUUUGAACAUACACUACCGCACCCCAGCAACACAUACCAUGCCCAAGUGGGUGAAGACUAUUUUCCUUCAGGUUUUCCCCUCAAUUCUGAUGAUGAGGAGGCCUCUGGAUAAGACAAGGGAAGUAAGUGAUGCUAAGGACCCAAAAAGCCUUCCUAAGAGACCUGCCAAAGUCAAGUUUGUUCAUCGAAGAGAGCCCAAACUUCUGAAGGAAAGCAGCCGCUAUCAAAAAUCAAGUGAGACAUCCCCUAGCAAGAGAAGAUGGAGUCAGCAGCCCACAGGGUGGAUGGCAGAGAAUUCAGAGCACUCACCAGAUGUGGAAGAUGUGAUCAACAGUGUCCAAUUCAUAGCAGAAAACAUGAAGAACCACAAUGAAACAAAGGAGGUAGAAGAUGACUGGAAAUACAUGGCCAUGGUGGUGGACAGGAUCUUCCUCUGGGUGUUUAUAAUCGUCUGUGUGUUUGGAACUGUGGGGCUCUUUCUACAGCCACUGCUUGGGAACACAGGGAAAUCUUAAUCUGUAUUUUCCUUUUGCCUUCUUAAUCUUUUAGUUGUUGUAUUUGUUCUGAACUACUUACUGCAAGAAAACACCAAGUACCCAUCUCCUAAACCACAACAAGAAGGGAAAGGGGGUCAUUACUACAACCAUAGGAGCC